AUGGGUGGCUCACCUCCUUGCGGUGAUUCUGUCCGGUCAGUAAAGGAUCAUCGACGACAGGCAAUAACCUCGAAGAAAUGGCCAUCGAAACCUAAAAAUGAUCCCUCGAUCACUUUCUCACCAGACGAUGCCAUCGGCGUCCACCUACCUCACAACGACCCCCUACUAGUCGAAGUAGGAAUCGCGAAGUGUGACGUCGCUAAAGUUUUGAUCGAUAAUGGUAGUUCAGUCGAUUUGAUCUUUCGAGACACGCUCGAUAAGAUGGGAGUCGACUUGCGCAACAUGAAACCAUCAUCUCGCUCCCUCACAGGGUUCAACGGAGCUUCUGAGACAAUGAUCGGGACGAUCAAACUCCCCGUCUACGCAUGCGGAGUGACACGCACAGUCAAGUUCUCAGUCAUCCGAACGAAGGCUCCUUACAACGCGAUCCUCAGAACCCCCUGGUUACAUUCUGUUAAGGCAGUGUCCUCGACGUACCAUCAGUGCGUGAAAUUUCCAGGACCAAACGUUCAGGUGCAGACGCUUCGCGGAGACCAGCAGGCCGCUCGCGACCUACUCAUUGCGACGGUGAAGAUGCAACAAUCGAAUCCCCGCAUCAACGCGGUAGCAAAGCAAAUUCAACCUCAAAAAGACGAUAUCCUAGAAGUCACCAUCGACGACUCUGACGAGAGCAAAGUAGUUCGAGUCGGAGCCUUCCUCGACGAAGAGAUGCAACGUACAAUCAUUGACUUCCUCAAGAAGAACGCAUCAACGUUCGCUUGGGCGACAUCGGAUAUGAAAGGAAUAAACCCCGCCAUCACAUCCCACGAGCUGAAUGUCGAUCCAACCGUCAAGCCCGUUCGCCAGAAGAGACGCAAGCUCAGCCACGACAGAAGCAAAGCUGUCAACGAAGAAGUUGAGCGACUCCUCGCAGCCGGCUCAAUCACAGAGGUGCGAUACCCUGAGUCGCUAGCUAACCCGGUCGUCGUCAAGAAGAAGAACGGAAAGUGGCGCGUCUGCGUCGACUUUACCGAUUUGAACAAGGCUUUCCCAAAAGACAGUUAUCCGCUCCCGCAAAUCGAUAGACUCGUUGAGUCGACUGCCGGAAACGAGCUCCUGGCUUUCAUGGAUGCAUUCUCGGGCUACAAUCAGAUCACGAUGCAUCCGAAUGAUCAAGAGAAGACUGCGUUCAUCACUGAUAGAGGAACUUACUGUUACAAAGUAAUGCCGUUCGAUCUUAAGAACGCCGGUGCGACUUACCAAAGACUCGUCAAUCGAAUGUUCGCCGAGAAACUGGGGAACACGAUGGAGGUCUACAUCGACGACAUGCUGAUCACCGCCAUACUCGACCUCCCCAGUCCAAAAACCAGCAGAGAAGUCCAGCGACUCACGGGAAGAAUCGCAGCCCUGAAUCGCUUCAUUUCCAGAUCUACGGAUAAAUGCCUUCCCUUCUACGAGCUGUUGCAAGGGAACAAACGUUUCGUUUGGGACGAGAAGUGCGAGGAGGCGUUCAAACAACUCAAGGAGUAUCUUACGACUCCUCCCGUAUUGUCAAGGAGUAUCUUACGACUCGUCCGAGAGGAUCGAGGAGAGCAGAAGCCUAUCUUCUGCACGAGCAAGCGCAUUACUAAUCCGGAAACUCGAUACCCCACCCUCGAGAGGAUGGCCCUCGCCGUUGUAACGUCGGCAAGAAAGCUGCGUCCUUACUUCCAGUCGCAUACAAUUGAAAAUCGAACAGCUGCAAAAUCUCAAGUCCUCGCAGAUUUCCUCGUCGAGCUCGCGCCAGAGCUCGAGCAAGAUCUAAUCCUUCCAAGUCAAAAUUGGAUACUCCACGUCGACGGAUCGUCAACAAACAAAGGAUCAGGAGCGGGAGUACAACUGCAAUCCCCAACAGGAGAGUUAAUCAGACAGUCGUUCAGCUUCGGCUUCGCCGCUUCGAACAAUGAAGCAGAGUAUGAGUCGUUGAUCGCAGGACUACGACUCGCCAAGGCAGUCAAGGUAAAACGCCUCAGCGCGUACUGCGACUCCCAACUCGUAACCAGUCAGUUCAGUGGCGACUACAACGCCCGUAACGAAUGGAUGGAUGCAUACCUCAAGACCGUUCAAGCACUCGCCAAAGACUUUGAAUUCUACAAACUCACCAAAGUCCCCGGAGGAGAGAACGUGUGCGCUGAUGCCCUCGCUGCCCUAGGUAGCAGACUGCGCGAUCAGGUGAAACGUACCAUUCCUAUCCACAAGAUUGACAAACCAAGCAACGAUCUACCUCCUAAUGAGACCACCGUCGUAGCAUCAAUAACCGAAGCCACGCCCAUGGAUCAAGUCCUCAAAGCGGAAUCAGCUGACGCCACCGACUGGAGGACGGAAUUUAUCGACUACUUGGUUGAUGGAAAGCUACCUCCCGAGAAAUGGAUUGCGAGACGGCUCAAGACGCGGAGUGCCCAUUACGUCGUCCUCGAUGGAGAGCUCCAUAGAUGGACCGCAACCAAGGUGCUUCUGAAGUGCAUCAACGGUGAGGAGACGCACCUAGUCAUGGCUGAAACGCACGAAGGCGCUGCAGUAAAUCACUCUGGAGAAAGACAAUUGGGUAUGGGCUUAGCCUUCCCAAAAGGCCUGCAAGACAAUUAUCCAGUCACAUGA